AUGUUCAAAAAGUUUCUUACUGGAGAUAAGUCAAAGAAAAGUGGCAUUUCGACAAAAUGUAGACGAGACACUCUACACUCUCCUUCUGAUAUAGCCCUGACUGAAGAUAGAGCAACCAUUAGAGGCACCCCUACUCAUCAAUUUCAGCCCCCCGCCGAAGAGGAUACAAGAAGUGAAUACGCUGAUGAAUUUUCGAAUCCUAAUCAUCCAUUUGGAGAUGGGAAUGACAAAAUUUUUGGUAUGGAGAAUUUUGGAAACACGUGUUAUUGUAAUAGUAUUCUUCAAUGCCUCUACUACACCUCCGAUUUUAAAGAAAAAAUGCUUGCCUAUCCACACAAGAAUCCCAAGUUAACUUCCAGAAAGAGAAAAAGUAAAAUACUAGGAAGUAAGACACACAGCUUCAUAGCAUAUUUGAAUAAUCAAACCCAAAGUGCCCAGAAUGCGAAUGCUGCAUCUCAGACGUCGUCCAGUGAUAAUGGUUCAUCAUCUUCUAAGACUAAGUCAUCAUCACGUCGGACAUCAAUUUUUGGUCUGAAGAGGGAAUCCACUGUUGUUGAUGAUCAAUCUAGCCAAAUUCAGUUGCAAGAAUCGCAACACAGUGGCAACUCUUCUAAUUCAACUGACGUAUUUCACCAGGAGAACAACGGACUGCUGGUCAAGUAUCCCAAUUUCAAGAAUAUCAAAUUUAUCCCAGACAUUGUAAACCAGCAAAAUAAUAUUACCGUUGUCGGUGCGGUGUCAGAUAUUUCAGCAAAUUCAGAUCAGCGCAAGAAACAGGCCUUAGUGAAUGGUCCCAUUAUACAUCUUGAUCAAAGUUUUCAUGAGGAAUACGGAUUGAGGCUCUCCCUUUUUACCGUCAUGAAAGACUUGUUUGAGUGUAUGGCAGAGAACACUAGCAGCUACGGAGUUGUGUCUCCAGUCAAACUGAUUGAAAUAUUGAAGAAAGAAAAUGAACUUUUUCGAUCAUCAAUGCAUCAAGACGCUCAUGAAUUUCUUAACUUUGUCAUAAACAGUAUUACAGAAACGGAAGAAGGUUCUACCUUUCAAGGUAUAUUCGAAGGCUUACUUACUAGUGAGACUAAAUGCCUCGCUUGCGAGACAAUAAGUUCUCGGGAUGAAAAGUUUCUAGAUCUUUCAAUUGAUUUGACUAAAGAUUCUUCAAUAACCAAUUGUUUGAAGAAUUUUUCCCAAAUGGAAAUGCUCAAUGGUAGCAAUAAAUUCUACUGUGACACAUGUCAUUCGCUGCAGGAAGCUGCCCGAACAGUGAAUUUAAAGAAGUUGCCAAAAGUGUUAGCACUGCACCUGAAGAGGUUUAAGUACGAAGAAGCCCUACAACGGAAUGUUAAGCUAUUCCAUCGAAUCGCUUAUACAAAAACAUUAAGAGUUUUCAACACUACUGAAGACUCUGUUGAGCUGGACAAAUUGUAUGAACUAUACGCAGUUAUCGUUCACAUAGGUGGAGGGCCUUAUCAUGGUCAUUAUGUUUCGCUUAUAAAAACCCCCUUUUUUGGAUGGCUGCUAUUUGAUGACGAGACUGUUGAAGCAAUCAAUGAAGACUACGUGUUGAGGUUCUUCGGUGAUGGUGUCGGCUUGGCCACAGCAUAUGUAUUGUUCUACCAAGAAUUACAAGAAAAAAGCUACAUAAACUUCUCUCUCUACGGUGAUCAUCCCAAUGAGGCUGUUCAUGGUGGGUAG